AUGGUUCUGACCAACGGCGGCCUCGCCGGCGACCUACGACGCUUCGAUCCGCACUCGCUUCCCGCCUCGUCCGCCUCGUCCGCCUCGGCUGCCCGACAGCAGCCGCCUACGAACGGGCAGCCUCCGUCGCGGACGAGAAGCCCGCCGCGAGCAAACGACGCUCCUCCGCCCUCCAUCGCCCCGCCACCCGCCCUGCCGGCCUCGAAAGGCAACGCACAUAGCUCUGCGUCGGAGCUGCCUCCGGCGAACCACCGGGCCUCGGCCUCGUCCUCGGGUGGAGGACGCGCUUCCACCUCUCUCGGCUCCUUGGCCUCCCCCGAGGCCACCGACUCCUCGGUCGAGGCCGCGCCCGAGCACGGCCCACUUCGAGAUCUGAUCGACAGAACGAGCGCCAACGUCGUCCGCCAGGUCGUUCGUGAGAAGUGGACCAAGUGCCUGCUGGGCUCCGAGUUCCACCUUGCUUUCAUCGCAAGCGGCAUAUUCUCUCGAGCGACGACCACGACCCUCGAGCAGCCUCUCCAGCGCUAUGGCGGACGCAUGAUCAGGGAAGCAAAAGGGCAAGUCGUCCAACACCUGACGGCCCAGGACUUGGACGAAGUUGCCGACGCCCUGCUGGCCAACGCCAGCAACGACUUCCUGGACAAGGCACUCGCGAGACGGCUGGAGACGAUCCGCCCUCGGCCCUUGGUCAACGCCCUGGCUCGGGCCGAGCGUCUCGGCUACGACCUUCAGGACAUCGUCGAAGAGAAGUCGCCCGAUGGCGCCGAGCAUGUCGUCCCGUCGCCGCAUCUGACCGUCGUCGUCGCCGCACCGGCCCCGUCCAGCUCGACAUCGGCAACGGUGCCGCAUCGGCAGCUGCCCACCGCGCCGCCCGCCAGACCUCCCGUCCUCUCCGGCGGGGUCCACGUCGCCAAAUGGGCAUGCGAGCACACGCUAAAGUUUGACCUGGUCGGCCAGGUCAUCUGUCUCCACUGCGGCUGUUUCUUCACCAGCAACGGCGGUCUCGCCUACCACCUGAGGAACAAAGUCUGCGGGGAUCACGAUGAGGCGGCGGCCAUGGCCGUGCGGAGGGAAUUGCACGCCAUGUCUCUGCAGUUGGCCGGGAAGGCGCCUGCUCACUUCGCAUCGGCGAUGGCGACGCCUGUUUCGAACCCGACACCACCGCGCACGACGCCAGGUCAGAGGUCGGCAGCGACGGCAACGCCCACGCCGACUCCGUCCACCACCACUCCGCAGUCGGCCGGCGCCGUGGACCCGUACGCGAGGCUCACACCGGCCCAGAGGGCCCAGCUCGAAACCGAGAUGCAACUGGCCGAGGCGAAAUUCGGCUGUCUGAUGAGGAAUGCCAUGCAGCUUCCGCCCGAUCAACGCGACGGCGAGCUGGCGAAGCUCAAGAACAGCUACACCUCGAAGCAGAGCAUGAUUCGAAAGAAGUACGGCAUCCGGCUACGAGAGAGACGGUCAAAGUCGCAGAUCGACGCCGAGAAAAGCCGCCUGUUCGGCUCGAGCGCGACCGAACACCAAGGCUCGGUCGAAGGAAGGCCGCCAUCGGCGAAGAGAGCUCGCCUUGACGGCGGCCAAACGGGUGCCGGCGCGGGCGUGGGCGUGGGCGUGGGCGUGGGCAUGGGCGUGGGCGCGGGCCCAGCCAACCCGUCGGGUCGACGAAUUGCCCUGGCCGAAAUAGCCGGAGGUCUCUCCGACUCGGCCGCAACGGCCGAGCACACGGACCCCACGACGCUCACGCCGUUUCCCAAACCGCGAUUUACCUCUCGGCCGCCGCCGCCGCCGUGGAUGGGGACGCCGGACAACCCGAUGAGGCUUGACGACAGCAGCAACGCCGAGAGCGGCGCGUCUGGUGACGACGGCGCCGGACUACCUAAACGCUCGUCCGCCUAG